AUGGAGUCACCAACUUACUCCUCGCCUUCAUCAGAAGAAACAGCUCCUCAACAAGUCUUGAACGGAACCAAUACCGUUAUCCAGAAGACAAAGGCCGACUUCCAAGGGCUUGCGAAUUCAGCGUCAGUCGAGAAUGAUUAUGAAGGAGAUCAACCUUUGACACAUUAUCAUAGUUUCUUUUUUGAUCUUUUUACAUGGAAAUAUCCGCGUGCCACUGGUUUCUUCUUUUUCUCAGUCAUCUCUAUGAUUACUGCGUUCCGGUUCAUCAACGUGCUCCGCUGGGUUUUCAAAGGAGCAUAUCUGCUCUUUGCCUCUGCUGCCCUUCUUGAAGUAGCCGGCAAGCCUUUUGGCGCAAAGGGUCUUGUAUCUUCAAUGCGCCCUAGACGAUACCACACUAUCCCUAGGGAAUCGGUCGAAAAGCUCUUUAACGAAGCCCACGACUUGUUGAACUUUUUCGUUGUUGAAUUCCAAAGGGUUAUUUUUGUAGAGAAUAUCUUUGCUACAAUUGUCGCAUUUGUGACAACAUUCGCAGCAUACUUUCUUAUUAAGUACAUGCCAUUCUGGUCCCUAUUGCUCACUGCCACUAUUACUGCAUUCACUGCUCCUUUGAUCUACCUUCAAAACCAGGAGUUUAUCGACGAGAAGAUCCGCCAAGGAAAUGAACUAGUUAACGAACAGCUCAAUACUGGACGCGAACUUACUGUAAAAUACGCCGGAGAAGCUGCUGCCCGCGCUCGCUCUACUGCUGUCGACCUCUCGCAAAAAGCCCAAGGAUAUGCCCAAAACGUUCGUGGCUCAUCUCCCGCUGCUACCUCUAAACCAUCAACAACCUCAACUGCCGAUAAGGAAUUCCCUUCUGUCCCUGUACAUGAACCGGCUACCAACGGUCAUAACGGCCAGGUUAAUGGCGCCAACGGUCACAACGGUCUCAAUGGCGCCAACGGUGCCAAUGGAUUUAGUGCCAAAGUACAGGAUGAAUACAGACCAGAGCAGCCUAUCCUUGCUUAG